AUGGAAGCAAAAAUAAAACAAGAAAAUAAACAAAAACAAAAGAAGGAGCAACAGAGAAAAUUGAAAGAACUAAAGAAGGAAUCUGAAAAUUAUAACCAAGCUUAUUCUGAAGAAGCUCAACUAGAAGAAUUUAAUUCAGAAAAUUUUAAUAAACAAACAGAUAAAGAAAUUUUCUAUGAAUAUAUAGAGAUGAUUUUGUGGGAAAUAAAAGAAUUUCAUGAUGAGCCUUCUCUAGAAAAUUAUGUUGAUAUAGAUAAAAGUAUAAUAGAAUUUCUUGGUAAUGGUUACAAAUAUAAAUAUUUUGAUGGAAAUGGAGAACAAUUUAAAUUAACCCUUAAAUGGCGCUUUGAUAAAAAUAAAUUUAAUGAAAUUAGACUACCUUUUAGUUCAAUAAUUACGGAAAAACGGGCAAUAAAAUUAAAAUUCAAUAAAAUAUUUGAUGAAUUUGUUAAUAAAGUUUUAUAUUUUUAUAAAGCUACAUUUGAAGUUUUGAUAAAGCUUGUUAAAAAUAAUUUUGAAAAAGCUUUGGCAAUUGUUUUAGACAAACAUCAUGUCCCAGAAAAAAUUAUUUCUGUUGAUGAGAUAUUAGGUUUGCCUUUAAUAAUUACACUAUAA